CCCCUCCACUUGCAACCAGUGGCUGUUAAAGAUUUUCGUGAUAUCCCUGGUCCGAACACUCCGAACAGUUAGAAGGGCGAAGGCUCUGAAAUCUCUUCCUUAGAGUUUUUUAGUAAAAUGGCAUCACUCGCCCGCGUUGGUAUCGCGAGGUUUGGAUACAAUAACUUUACUAGGCAAUUAUGUAAGGUAACAGCUACCAGUAAUGUGACGCAACUAGCCUUCAUUACGCAAAAGGCGAAACGAUUGAAUCGACGACGGAUUCCGCCAUUUGAUUAUCUGCACAAGAAAUAUGGCUUUUGGGCGCAGCUGUUUGACCCGAUGGUCGAUCGAUGCGAUGAGAAUUCCAAGAUCAUCGUCGUCGACGGUCCGAUUGCUGCAGGAAAGUCUAAAGUGGCCGCAAAGUUAGCGGAGGAGUUCGAGAUGGUCUAUCUACCGCCGCCGACCUUCGACGAAUAUUACAUAAAUGAAUAUGGAUAUGAUAUACGUACACUGGACGACCGACUGUCCGAGGGCUCACAGUCAUGUGACGUGCAGAAAUUUCUAACAAAUCCGUAUCAUACCAAUGUGCCCAUGUUUCAAUUUCAUUAUUUCCAAAUUAAAUUCGAUCAGUAUAUCACCGCACUGCUGCACUUGCUAUCGACCGGCCAAGGAGUGGUGCUUAACCGUUCUUUCUAUUCCGAUUAUGUGUUCGCAAGGGCGAUGACGAAUGCUGGUUACAUGCGUCCAGAAGCAUUGAAAUUUUACAACGAUGUCGUAAACAUCGCCAAGUUGGAGAUGCUAAGGCCUCAUUUGAUUGUUUAUUUGGACAUACCUGUAGAUGCAGUUAAGGAGAAAAUAAAAAAACGAGGCAUACCAUAUGAAGUGAAUUCAAAAGUUCUCUCCUCAGAGUACCUUCAAGAUAUUGAAAAUAUAUACAAGUUGGAUUAUCUGAAAAAUAUUGUAUCACAUUCUCAUGUGCUAGUCUAUGACUGGAUGAACGAGGGAGACAUUUCUUCUAUGAUCGAGGAUAUCGAAGCACUGAAUUUUGAUUAUGAUAAGCCGAUUAAGAAAAUAUCCGAUUGGAGAUUCGAAAGCGUUCAAGAUCUUCGAACUAAAAGGAAACAUUGUGAAAAUAGAUAUUAUCUACAUUUAGAUUAUUGGAGAAACGAAUAUUCAGUACCAGAAUUGCACUACACAGCUGCACAAGAUGAGGAAAUACAUGAAGCAAUGAAAAUGGUACCUGGAUUUACGUACGCUAAAGGAUUUAAUCGUAUGCUGGGAGAUAAAAAUAUUUUGUGGAAAAAAGAUCCAGCUUUUUAUUUAAAAACCUUAAGACCCACUGCACGCGAGGUAGAUGUGGUAGCUGAAGAAAUGAAGAAACUCAAGGUUGCGUCGAUGUAGUGAGAGCGAAAAAAUAUAUAUCUAGAAAAGAAGUAGAACUUGUAAAAUAAUAAUUGAAGUAAGAAAUAAAUUUUACUUUUAACCGGGAAAUGCCUCCACUUUCAAACCGAAUUAAUUUCCUUCAUUUCAGUGCUAUAUUUCGUGAUAAAAAUAUUAAGUAUUUUAAUUUAUAUUAAAGCUCCUAGACUAUAAAAGUACAGGAUUAUAUGAAAGAAUAAUACUAUAUUUUUAGAAAUGAGUCUAGGGUAUAAAAGUUUGUGUUGAAAAAUUUGUGUAUACGUAUGCAACAUUAUUGAUUGAAGUAAUAAAUAUCAACACCACUUCA